CGGCUGUGUCACAUCGAGCCAGCUCAAUCCAUCGGCGUUCUACUAAAGAAGAUUGAAGAAAGCAACCGUCAAACGCUCCCGUAAUAAAUUCGCGUACGAUUUUCCGAUCGCUCCCGUACCGCGGGGCGGAGGGUGUCUGACAGCUGUCAUUGCGUCGCUCUGCACUUUCUCGUGGAUGAAACGAAGGAAAACUUUAUUUAUAUCACACACGAAUAUGUUCCCGUAGAGUGCGACCGGCUCUGUGCGUGAAUAACGAUACGAAAACACGACGAGAUAAUGGCGAACGACGAGGUGUUAGGUCCGCGAAAGACGAUGUUCGUUUUAGUGAUUGUUGUGGGAUGUUUCGCAGUGUUGUGGCCCAGAAUCCUGUCUCCUCUGAUCCUGGGCCACACGCAGGAGCAGCUAAAGCCGAACAAGUUCGACCGGGAGGCAGGCUGCUGUGAAGUGAUAUUUCAAACGGACGUUGCCAUACUCGAGUUAGUGAAUGAAGUCUGCAACUCCGCGCUAGGAGUUAGCAAGCCAACGCCACAAUCUGCUGCGGAAUGUCGUAAAGCAGUUAAUGAGAGCUGCGGUGUGGAUAUCGCAGCUUUUCUAAAGAGGGAUGAAAAUGUCGGCAAGAGUACGAAGAAACUAGUGGAAGCGUUAAAGAAUACAAACAGUUCGUGCUUGCGGGAACACUUUGGAGUUCCCAUAUACAGCCUGAGUCCACAUUCGCCGGUCAACUCAUGGACCCUGCAAGACUCACUAAAACAAGAGCGGCCGCUCCGCGCGAUGUCGCCGCACCCGGCGCUGCGCGAGCGGGGCCGCGCGAUCCCGCCCACCGCGCCCGCCCGCCAGCAGAUGCCGCCGCACGUGCGGGUACGCUCACCACUCUCUGUGUAUCUGGAGAUCGAGCCUCCACCAAUCCCGGGCAUGCGUCCACCGCUAGGCUCUCCCGGCGGACCGGUGACUGCACCGAAAUCGUCCAUGGGUUUCGUCAUGCCAAUCUACACUAUAUGUAUAAUUGUCUUCUUCGUGUAUACGCUUAGUAAGAUCUUAUUCAAACGCACGGGCGUACCCUACGAGCCGGUGACUCCGGACCCUCAGUUCAGACGACGAGUGUUCCGAGAUGACUCCAGAACUACCCCGGAUAAACUUGGACACAAAGAGGCCGACACAAGGGAUGUCGAGAUCGCAGCACUGCGAGCGCGUUUAGAGGAGACGGAGCGCGCGAUGCAACGUAUCGUCGGUCAGCUCGCGCAGCGCGAUGCGGAAUCCCAAGAUAAUCACACCCGUCCGUACACAAAUGGAACAAUUUUAGUUAACUCUGGUCCAGUUCAAAUCGUGACUAGUGAGUACCAGGAGCCAAAGGCAAAUGCAGAAUUGGCGAAAUCUAAGGAAAAUUUAUCUGAACGUAAGGAAUCAUCCUCUGAAAAAGAAUUACCUGACGAUAAAGACUCAAUUCAUAAUGUGCAUGAUCAUACAAAACAGACAGAACUAACACCUAUUCACGAAGAAACAGUUCAAACAAAAGAAUCGACUGAAUCAAAUAACGUUGAAAAACAAAGCGCUACACAAAAACCACAAGACACUACGGACAUUAACGUUUCUCAGUUAGAACAAACACAAUCUUCUAAAGAGCAAGAAGAGUCUUCCACUGAACUUAAAGAACACAAUGGAGAUGAAAUCUCAUCACAAUUCAUUCAAAAAGAGCCCUCGCCAGAGCAAGAACAAUUAUCUGACGAUCAAGUGCAACCUCCAUCUCUAUCGUCCAUAGGAAAUAAAGAACCUUUGUCAGAACCAAAGGAAUCUUCUAUUGAGCAAGAAGAUAUUCCAUCAAAACUAACAUCCGAUUUACAGGAUCAGUUGUCAUCAGAUGCAUGUGUAGAUGACAAAACUGAUUCUGAAAGUUCCUUACAACUAAAAGAAUCCUCAAUAGAGCAAGAAGGAUCACUUAAUAAGCAUGAAGAUUCUCCACAACCCUUGUUAACAGAAAAUUACUCUUUGAUACUUAAAGAGGCAUCCAUAGAUCAUGAUUCAUCUGAAUCACCCAUUGAACAUAUUGAACUACCCACAGAAUCAAUCGAGUUAGAAUCUAUCGAAAAAGAAACCUCUGUAGAGCCAAAAGAAACUAGUGAAGAAGAAGAAUUGUCCCCUGAUGCACCUUUAGUAAAACAAAAGAAAUCCGAAUCUAAAGAAGCAUCUAUUGAAAAAGAAUUAACUCCAGAUCCUUAUACAUCUUUGCUAAUCCAAAAAGAAACAUCCUUAGAACAGGAAUCUAUUUUGGAACCAAAAGACGUUUCUACAGAGGAAAUCUCAACGAAAGAUAACUUAGAAUCGAACGAAACUUCACUACCAAAAACACGUUCGUCACCAGUGCAUGAAUCGUUAGUUAUUAAUGACGACUCUGAUUUUGAUACAGACGAUGCAGACAAAGAAUUUACAAAAGAACCUACACCAAUAACAUCUGAAGAAGAAUUAGAUAUUUCAGAUAAAGAAGACAAACCAGUAGAAGCUAAAGAAGCAGUGAUCAAAGAAAAUGACGAACCUAAAGAGCUAUCAAAGCAGGUUGAAGAAAUUACGCCCAAAAAGCCAGAAAGCAUAGAUGUGAAACAAGAUGCAAUUGUAAAAACCGAAAAAUUUCUAAAAGAAGAGAGAGACGUUGCGACGAAAGAUGGUCCAACAACACCGGAGCUGUUGGCUGAGGCGCUGAAAGAAGAUUCUCCUGUAGAAACAGUUGAUAAUGAGAACUCUAGUGUUAAGAUAAUGGGUAUGGAGGUAACAGCGCACCCGGCGGACGGCAGCGCGAUGCCCGCGCGGCCGCCGCUCGCGAGCCACCCGCCCGCUCUACCUGCGCAUAAAGCAGAGGACGUGAAGUCGAUAUUCCUAGAGACGGAGAUCCCGCAGCAGUCCCGCGUGCUCGUCGCCGACUUCCAGGAUACAGCUGAUGCGCAGAAACCCACCAAGAAUGCGCCGUUGGUGGUGAGCGGUAAGAUGACGCUGUCUCUGAUACAAGAUGCGCCGCGAGACUCGCCUGAACGAGAUCCAGCAAGCGGAAAGAGAGAUGUCCUAGAAUCUACAAUAACCGAGUACACGACAGCGAGUGCCAUGACACAACCAGCAGCCGGGAAGGACGACGAUCUCUCCGAAGAUGAAAUCGAAGAAGAGAUAGAAGAAGAAGAGGAAGAGAUAGAAGAGUUGGAAGAAGAGGAAGAAGAAAUAGAGUUAGGCGGGAACAAGACAGGUUUAAAGUGAUAAUCGAUAGUUUUAGACGUGCUAAGGACCCUUAAUUAGAUUUCAUACGUUUUUCAAUCUUAACCUGUUUUAACACAUUUCUUCGUAGAUAUUAUAAUAAUUUAAUAAAGCAUUUUAAUCAAAUUCGAGUAUUUUUCGUCCUUAGCACAUUAAGUAUUAAUUGUGGAUAUUUUUUAUCUGUGUCAUUCGUCUAUCGUCUAUGGUUCAUUUUAAUGAGAUCUGUGAAUUAUGUGUUACUAGUUUGUUUUUGUUCCAAAGAUAUUUAUUAAAUAAUACGAAAGUGGAUCAAAAUAUGUAUAACUAGCGCUUUGGGGCUGUAAUUUGCUAAACUUUCUUUCUAAACUCUGCUAACUUCUUAAAUAUCUUUGGUUCAUACAUCGUAGGAUAUUUUUCAAUGAUACAUUUGUAAUUUUGUAAACGAUUGGUGUUCGUAUUUUUGUGCCAAAUUUUCUUAAAGCGUAUCAUAAUUUUAUUCGGUGAAAUUUUACAAACAUUAUACAGUAUAUGUAUUUUGAAUUUAUUGUAUUAAUUUUCGCGUAAAUGUAUUUGAUUUUCGCGAAUAUACGAUAUAUUGCCAAAUUUUAAGCAUUCGUUUUGUAUGUAUUUUAUUACAUCAUAUUUAAACAUUUCAAUUAAAUUAUUGUUUGUUUCGUAAUUUACAUCUAGAAUCGAAUUAUUUAUUGAUUAAAUUGUUAUUUAAUAUUUAAUUAUACACAGUUGUAUGCACCGGCGUGUUGUAUGAAAUUGUUUGCAUUUAUGCGGUUUUUGUUGUCUGUGGUCACUGCUUUUUUAUGCUUUACAGAUUAUAAAUUAUUUUCGUUUAAAAAUAAAUAUUAUAUUGCGUGUUUUUAUAAGAUUAUUUGCAAUACAAUCAAUUUUUGAGCUCGCCAUCUCGUCUAUUUAAAUGAAAAGGGAGGACAUUUAUUACACUCUAACAUUCCUUUUCAAAUAUAUUUAUUUAUAGAGAAGUUAUAUUUAUUUGCACGGUUGAUAUUAUAACUAAUUUACUAAGUUAGCAUUUUAAUGUAGAUUGCUUGUGGAGUUUUGUUGAUUUGAUAGUUGUAACAAUAAAUGAUUGAAAUUAA